CCCUCAGAUUAUUUUUUUUCUGCCGCACACUCUUCCUUAUCUUCUCCUGGUGACACUCUUCUUCCUCCCCCGCGCUGUGCGUCCUUGCUCCCUCGGCGCCCCUGCUCCCAUGGCACCGCGCCCCUCUCCAGCCAUGGCCGCGUCUCCCCUGCUCCGGUUCAUCUGCGCGCGUCGCACCGUCGAGUUCCGCGCGUCCCAAGCUUCUCCACCGUGUCGGCUGCUCCUCCCUGCGUCCAUCUCCCAUGGCGCCUUGGAGUCCCAGCUCGGCCUCCUUCCUGCAGCCGGUUGUGGUUGCCCCUCCUGCAGCUCGCCGGGCACGCUCGCCAGCUUCCAAACACGAUCUCAUCAUCGUUUCAUGCGUCAGCAAGAAAUCCCAAGUGUUGGGUGAAGACGGAGCCAGCAGCGUGGUGUUCACCGAGUGCGCGACAAAAAGCUCGAACAAGUCGUCGAGCGUCAUACUCGUCUACGCCAAGCCCCCCAAGCCGUGAAGACACUCUGGUGUUGGCCACGUGUCACCUGCUCGACAAAAAGGAAUUCCAUGAGUAUCUAGUCAAGAGUAGAAAUUGUGUGCAUCGCUCGUCAGACGUGUGUGAUCGAAGACAUCAACCGAAAACCGGCAUCAUGUGUAACACCCCUGGUGUUUAUAUUCCGCUCGACAACGAGUAUGAAUUUAAGCACGUAAUCAGUGGAUAAAACGGAUGCCAAAAUUUUCUUCACCUAUCGCGAUUUUAAUAUCGCAUCUGUUCCGUUUGUCGCGAGUUCGACGUCGUUUUUAUUUAUUCGGACUCUUCCAAAAUUUUCGUGAUGUUCGGAACAUCGUUGUUCCGAAAAUCGGUGCGUCCGGUGAGUAUUUAAAAUUCAUCGCUCGCGCGAAUACGAAUUCGAAAGCCCGACCCACUCGGAUGAUUUUUAUCCCGGGCAAAUUAAAUUAAACUCGGCGACAAAAGUGUUAGUACAAAAUUUAUAAGAAGUCGACGACUAAAAUUUUAGGUGUAAAAUAAUUUAGUCAUUGCUCGCUAACCGAGCUUACAUCACAUCCGAGAGUUUUUAAUUGAGAUUUGAUUCUCCAAUAAAUCAUCUAUGACAGAGCGAUCAAGUGUUCGAUUGGUAGGUGAAGUUAUCUGAUUUUAAGUCAAAUUAAAUAUAGUUUAAAAUAUUAGUCUCGAUCUCGUUUGAGUUCAUUCUGUUUGUAUCUUAUCCAAAAUACGAUUAUCUCUAGAAAAUCCUCCCCCAUCACACGUCAUCAGCCCAUACAGCUGUCGUUCCUUAUCUGCUCAGCCGUAGUGAUCAAAAAUCUACACUCAUGUACUUAUCCUCUCCACCAUCCCUAUCUCUAUUAUCCUCCCACGUCAUCUCCUGGAGAAUUCCCUAGCCAUCUCUAUCUUCUAACUCCACGCCACCUCCUUUCUCAAGCAUCACGUUCAAUUUCUAGAAAUUCCCUGCUAUCGCUAGCUUCUAGGACAAACGUUGCUGGCCUCCUAGUUUCCAUACGUCGGCUCCCUGUGGUCUUCCCCGCGUCCGGUCUCAUCCUUAUCCCCAUCGCCCUUAUCCCCUGGUCUGUGCCGCUCGUACUUGGAGAAAAAUCUCCAGCCGCCUUACCUGCUGCCGCCGCUUCCCAUCCGACAGAUUAUUUGUUUGCAGUCACUGAUCUUCUCCCUCGCUCAGCCGAGUGGUCUUCCACUCCUCCCAGCCGAGCUCUCCCUCUCCACGCAGCUCCCUCGCGGUGCUCCCUCCAUAGCGCCCGAGCGCUCUGUCCUCGGAUCGGAGCUUCUCUGCGUGUCGCAGCCAAGCUUCCUUCCCCAUGGCGCCCGGCGCCCAAGUCCCCAGCCGUGACCCUGCCGAGCUCCGCCCCGACUCCACGUCUCCUGGUCGGGCUCUCGUUCUAUGCCUGAUGCCGCUGUUCCCUGGUGCUCCCUGCUCGGUCCCUGCCCAGCGCCUGACUACAGCUCCAGCUCGCGGCGUCCCCUCUGCUUAGCCAGGAUUGUCGUGCCUCUGCUCCCUGGUUUUCCCUACGCGCGAGCUCGCUGGCGUUGCCCCUGCUCCGCUUGGCCGCGUCCCCCUCAGUCCACCACUCUGCUCGGCCAUGGAAGACACGCCGCACCCUGGUUCCAGCUCGCGAUACUCCCUGCACGCCGGAGUCGCCCAGCUCGGCCACCUACCUCCCUAUGCGCGACCUCCUCUAGCUCCCUGUUUCUCCAGAGUGUCUUCCUCUGUUGGCUCGCCGGCUUCCUGCUCCCUGCUCACCCAGCGCACGCUUCUCCUUAUGUGCCGUGCCUGCGUGCUGCUCGCCCCAGCUCCCAGCCAUGGCGUCGGCCAAAGCUCCUGCGCGUUAUGUGCCCAGCUCCCUUUUCCGCGUAUGCGCGCUUAGCUCGCUUUCCUGCGCGCCCAGCGUUCUGCUCCCGCUCGUCCCUGCGCGCCAAGCUCCUUGCGCGGUCCUUCCUUGAGCUCGGUCCUGCGCUUUUCCUUUCUCUGUGCUCGUGCUCGCCGUGCCGUGAGUCACUGGCCAGCAGUCCAGCUCGCUUCAGAAUCAAUCUCGUCGUCGUUCCGCGCGUCAGUAAGAAAUCUCAAGAGUUGGGUGAAGUCGGAGGCUAACAGCAUGGUAUUCACCAUGUGCGCGACAGGAAGCUCGAGCCAGGAUUUAUCCGCAUUCGUACGAGUAUUGGAUCGCGUUUGAUACUUGUACGUUAAUUAAUCGCGCGAUGCAGAAGACGACCCAAGUCGACCCCAAGCACGGGCUACUCCACAGGAUGAUGCUGAUGAACAAACCUGAAGAUGAUCGUCAAGCGGACGUCGUCUAACCAACACUAACAUAGUGUUUAUUCCAGGCAAGCCCCGGUGCAUGCAACCCCUUUCCUUGUGUUUUUAAAUACUUUUCGCACACUUAAGUCUAGUGAAAUGUGCAUUAGGUUCAUAGGAAUUGCUUGAAACCCUUUGAUGCAUUGCUUUCCUUGAUAUCCAUACCUUUAUAGAUACUUCUGUGAAGUAUCAAAAUAUGAUUUACAAAAAUGCUUAGCCUUGCUUAGAUCUCGUGGAUAGAGGUUGUCCUUAAUUUAACUCGAGAAAGGAUGACUUCUACCUGCAAGAAUAUUUUCAUUUGGAGCAAUAGUGGGAUCUUACUGCAAAGUUCCCUGUGAUGCUCUUUCAUCCUAAGGAACAGACACAAUCCUAAGGAUGGAAAUACUUAAAUCGAGACUUGGGCUAGGAACAGAUGAUGCUCCGCCCGGGUCAAUUAAGGAUUGGAUGCGUAUGUAGGCCUGUUGAUCAAGGACUAUCUUAUCUAGCCACAUGCCCUGAGAAUGGGACAGGGUAAGCUUGAACCCGGCUAUUCCAUACAUGAAAAGACAAUCGCGCACUGGGCGUGGAGAGAUGGCGAGAGUGGCACGUACCCUCCUGGCAACGGAUCGCCUAAAAGGGGUGGUGUACUCUCGGGUGGCGCGGACCUGUUCAUGCAGUGGAGGAUCCGUGGGAAUAGUAGACAUCAAGGUUUACGAGUAACAUAUGUCGUGUGGUUAGAAAUCCUCAGCUGAGUAAAUCGAUUCGGAUCGCCGUUAUAUCCCCGGACAGUGGAGACUUGAGCUCCGACCUACAACCUAAGUCAAGAUGUGAACACUAUGGAUAAAAAUGAUGUUGUAUUGAUGAGAUGAUGAAAUUAGACUAGAUGCAAACAGAGUCUAUUAAAUAUUUAAUCUGGCGUUAAAAUAUUGAAAGUAAGGACUCACUUUAGUAAGCUAUUUCUGCAAAAGUAUCUAAGUUGAUUCUUGCUAAAGCCUCUCCUUGAUUCCCAAAUCCAGCAUAUCCUUGAGAGUCUUUUCUUUAGUCGGGUAAGUCUUGCUGAGUAAUUCCAUACUCAGGGUUUUAUUCCCUGUUGUUUUUCAGGUUAUAGUUUUGUGCUGCUGUUGAUGGUGUUAAGUGCCGGUGGGCUCGGCCUUCUUAUAUAAGUAUACCCCGCCUUUAUCUUCUUAUUGAGGAUGGUCACUUGAGCUAGCAUAUAUUUCAAAACUAUAAAUAAUUUAUAACCGUUCAAAGUUUCUUUCUUUGAAUCAAUGUAGUAAUCACUCUGAUCAUGUACGAAGUAAAAUUUUUGUAAUUUGUAAAAUUUGGUAAUAAGAUUUCCGCUGCAAAAUAUUGGUGUGUGUGAUUUGUAUUACUUAAUCCCGCGGUUCUGGUUGUAAGUGGUUUAUCCGGUGUCCGUGGGGCAAUCGGACGGAUCCUGUUAAGUUAUCUGGUGCACAUGCAUGGCCGUCUGAGUUCUUUAAGACAAGGACAGGUGCAUGUGGGCCCGAUACCUUGGGAGGUUCUGCCACAGCUGGUAUCGGAGCAGGAUUAAGUAUAUACGGUCACAUACGUAUUUUCAAAACAAAUGUUUUGGUUUUGAAAAACUUAUUUUCAACUAAACACAUUGUUUGGCUUUGAAAAACAGUUUUGAAAAAUUAUAAUGCUAGCGACAUCCUCUGUUAAGCCCUAAAUUAAGGACUAUUAGGUGGCUUAUUUAAAAACCACUAACCCACAACCGGGGGUAUUGCAUACAUGUGUAUUGUUAUUUUUAAGGCCAUUCAGUUUUGAAUGGAUCGACGCUCAAGGUAAGGUGAGAUGUGAGAGCAUGACCGAACAACCGUCGGUCUAGGGAAGUGCUUAAUUGUAGCGCUUGAUUAUAUACAUGUUCCACAUAUGUAUAUAUGAAGGCUGCGAUGUGGCGUAUUUACUUUUUCGGGAAUUCAGUACCCCAUGGAUGUGUAUGGGUAUACAGACAUGGGAAUACUGAGAAGUGUAAUGUACUUGUAACGACGCACCUACGCUCAGGUAAGAAGGUGAGUUACCAUAAUGAGUUGCCCUAUGGUUAAAGUGUGGCAACGGCGCCUAUGCGUGGCUCGGCGCUUAAUGAUGAGCUGGCCUCCAUAUAGCAAUAUAUGGAGUAUAAAUUGUGAUAAACUGUCAUGUGUGAACUGCAUCAUGGGAAAUUGGGCUGUGAUGAAACUUUUCUGCAGGUACACUAACCUCGAAAACGUAUGUGUAGCUGACGACUAGCAAAAUACCGAGAGAGAACGUAUGCCACCGGUAUAGAACGUUAUUGCCACAGUGUGUUGGCAAAAAAUUAGUGAGGACGCAUAGGACGAGCAUGCAUCCUAAUUGUUGCAUCAUGUUUGUCACCUAUACAUCCAAAAUGCUUCUCUCAUCUUUAUUCCAGUAACCAUUGAUUGUAGAAAAUAUGGUGUAAUGCUGAAUUAUGAACUUCGAUGAAAUAGGUGUCCUCCAUUCUUUAGGUGACCUCUUAGGGUGCCUUAUGUGUUUGCUUUGGUGCUUGAUGUACUGAUAGGAGGAUAGUGACUUGUUUGCCUAAAUCUAAAAUUAGGCCAUGUUCUUAGUUGGUGAACCGAGACCCAAAUUUGAAUUUACCAUUAUCACCCCAUGACCAAACACAUACAAAUGAAUGCUUAGAUAAUUUCUUUGCUAGACCUAAAGUGUACCCGGACUUAAAAAAAUCUCAAGUCAUGUCUCCUUCUAGAGCCAUUCCCUUAUUCAGUUGAUGCAGGUUGAGGUCUCUAUUGUGUUUGGCCUCUCCUUGCGGAUUAUCUUAUCCCUUGUCAACCUGACCUAGGAAAGACAUGUCCGACCAUUUUCUUGAAUUUGAUGCCUUUGAUUUCCUCAUGUCUAUCGAAGGCAUAUCAACUUAAUCCUUGACCUUGUGAUCUCUGCGUUGGGCAUAGAAAUAUGCUUGGGGCUAAAUUAUCAGUCUCCCAUCGUACUCCCUUCAUUAACAAAUUCAGGUUAUGGCCAUGCCCUGUUCAUUUCAUCGGGCCAUGAUCUAUUUGGCUCUCUACUUGUAACCAUUCUUACAGGUGGAGUAUCUCUUCGUAUAUUGUCACCCUUGCUCAAUCUAUUGAUGUGGUGCGAGAUUUCUUAUUGGUUACGUAUGGUAAUGGUGUUAUGACUAAAACCAAUGGUGCUGUGACGAGACCGAGGGCCUCCUGUGAAUGUGCACACAUGGUUGUGCUACUCAGCACGCGCUGGUACCACAGUUAAUAGUUGUAAUCCAUUAUGAGACUAUAUCAAUGUGUUAUCUUGGCACAAUCUAUUUUUGCUACGUGAGAUUCUCUAUUGGUGCCAGUUCUGUAAUGGUGUGAUGGUUAGUGACUUAUGGUGCCGCAGCGAAACUGAGAGCCUCCUGUGAAUGCGCACACAGGACUGUGCCACUCGUCGGAUGCUGGUAUCAAGGUCUCUGGUCAUGAUCCAUUGUGGAACUACCCUGAUGGUUAUCUUACGUGGACCUUCCCUUGAAUAAUUUCUAUGUUGUUUGUCAAGUGAUCAAGCAACAUCUAUCAUCUCCGUUGAAUAAAAUGGGCAUACCACUUUCCAUGCGUAGUAUCUUUUUCCUUGACUUUGGUAGUGACUACACGUAUACAAGUUCCCUUUACGUCCUUUGUGUAAAGGUGAAGUCUUGGAGCUUUUUAGUGUUGAGAGAUAACUAAUUAGCUCUCAAAUUGGAGAUUGACUUUCCCCUGCCGCUGAGAUGCAGGAGUUUGUUCAUUCGCUCUCCUAUCUAAUCCAUGUAUUCCCUAAUCAAGUGGAUAAUUCAUCUCGCAUGAAGAAACGGAUGAGCAACCUGACCAAAUGGACUUCUACCCAAAUGCAUGACCUUCGUGAGUAAAUGUGAACUCUCGACCGUUGGCUUACCGAUGGUACUGAGAGGACCUGCUCAAUGUCAAAAGUAGUUCAACAAGUUGGUUUUACUAACUUGUAACUGCCCAGUGAACAAAGGUCGAGUUUAGAGAUCGUUUUAUCGAUUUGCCUGAACUCACUUUGGUCUAACCCACUCUAAAGAAAGUACUCCCAAAAAAAAUUAAGAUUAAGUCGACUAGUAACCACCUAGCCAUCGCUCUAGUCGUGUCUCGAUCACCUCACGUGUGCUUUUCCAGCAUAUGUGACCAUGUCGAGCCAUGAUUAGUCCAGGAUAAAAUGGACUGAUCGUAAAGUCCAGACCCAUCAGCUGGUGAUUCUCUAGAAUCUAUACCAUCUUUCAUGGACUUGAAUUCUCUGGUUAGCCGCAUGUUAACCGUGACAGUAUUCAACAUCCACACUCGCCUUUGUUUGGAAAUAUCUCACGAUUACCGCUGAUAUGGACAUGUGUUACAUGCUUCUCUACUCUUAGAAGUCUUUCGUUCCGAAUCUCGGGACGAGAUUCUUUUAAGGGGGGAGGGCUGUAACACCCCUGGUGUUUAUAUUCCGCUCGACAACGAGUAUGAAUUUAAGCACGUAAUCAGUGGAUAAAACGGAUGCCAAAAUUUUCUUCACCUAUCGCGAUUUUAAUAUCGCAUCUGUUCCGUUUGUCGCGAGUUCGACAUCGUUUUUAUUUAUUCGGACUCUUCCAAAAUUUUCGUGAUGUUCGGAACAUCGUUGUUCCGAAAAUCGGUGCGUCCGGUGAGUAUUUAAAAUUCAUCGCUCGCGCGAAUACGAAUUCGAAAGCCCGACCCACUCGGAUGAUUUUUAUCCCGGGCAAAUUAAAUUAAACUCGGCGACAAAAGUGUUAGUACAAAAUUUAUAAGAAGUCGACGACUAAAAUUUUAGGUGUAAAAUAAUUUAGUCAUUGCUCGCUAACCGAGCUUACAUCACAUCCGAGAGUUUUUAAUUGAGAUUUGAUUCUCCAAUAAAUCAUCUAUGACAGAGCGAUCAAGUGUUCGAUUGGUAGGUGAAGUUAUCUGAUUUUAAGUCAAAUUAAAUAUAGUUUAAAAUAUUAGUCUCGAUCUCGUUUGAGUUCAUUCUGUUUGUAUCUUAUCCAAAAUACGAUUAUCUCUAGAAAAUCCUCCCCCAUCACACGUCAUCAGCCCAUACAGCUGUCGUUCCUUAUCUGCUCAACCGUAGUGAUCAAAAAUCUACACUCAUGUACUUAUCCUCUCCACCAUCCCUAUCUCUAUUAUCCUCCCACGUCAUCUCCUGGAGAAUUCCCUAGCCAUCUCUAUCUUCUAACUCCACGCCACCUCCUUUCUCAAGCAUCACGUUCAAUUUCUAGAAAUUCCCUGCUAUCGCUAGCUUCUAGGACAAACGUUGCUGGCCUCCUAGUUUCCAUACGUCGGCUCCCUGUGGUCUUCCCCGCGUCCGGUCUCAUCCUUAUCCCCAUCGCCCUUAUCCCCUGGUCUGUGCCGCUCGUACUUGGAGAAAAAUCUCCAGCCGCCUUACCUGCUGCCGCCGCUUCCCAUCCGACAGAUUAUUUGUUUGCAGCCACUGAUCUUCUCCCUCGCUCAGCCGAGUGGUCUUCCACUCCUCCCAGCCGAGCUCUCCCUCUCCACGCAGCUCCCUCGCGGUGCUCCCUCCAUAGCGCCUGAGCGCUCUGUCCUCGGAUCGGAGCUUCUCUGCGUGUCGCAGCCAAGCUUCCUUCCCCAUGGCGCCCGGCGCCCAAGUCCCCAGCCGUGACCCUGCCGAGCUCCGCCCCGACUCCACGUCUCCUGGUCGGGCUCUCGUUCUAUGCCUGAUGCCGCUGUUCCCUGGUGCUCCCUGCUCGGUCCCUGCCCAGCGCCUGACUACAGCUCCAGCUCGCGGCGUCCCCUCUGCUUAGCCAGGAUUGUCGUGCCUCUGCUCCCUGGUUUUCCCUACGCGCGAGCUCGCUGGCGUUGCCCCUGCUCCGCUUGGCCGCGUCCCCCUCAGUCCACCACUCUGCUCGGCCAUGGAAGACACGCCGCACCCUGGUUCCAGCUCGCGAUACUCCCUGCACGCCGGAGUCGCCCAGCUCGGCCACCUACCUCCCUAUGCGCGACCUCCUCUAGCUCCCUGUUUCUCCAGAGUGUCUUCCUCUGUUGGCUCGCCGGCUUCCUGCUCCCUGCUCACCCAGCGCACGCUUCUCCUUGUGUGCCGUGCCUGCGUGCUGCUCGCCCUAGCUCCCAGCCAUGGCGUCGGCCAAAGCUCCUGCGCGUUAUGUGCCCAGCUCCCUUUUCCGCGUAUGCGCGCUUAGCUCGCUUUCCUGCGCGCCCAGCGUUCUGCUCCCGCUCGUCCCUGCGCGCCAAGCUCCUUGCGCGGUCCUUCCUUGAGCUCGGUCCUGCGCUUUUCCUUUCUCUGUGCUCGUGCUCGCCGUGCCGUGAGUCACUGGCCAGCAGUCCAGCUCGCUUCAGAAUCAAUCUCGUCGUCGUUCCGCGCGUCAGCAAGAAAUCUCAAGAGUUGGGUGAAGUCGGAGGCUAACAGCAUGGUAUUCACCAUGUGCGCGACAGGAAGCUCGAGCCAAGAUUUAUCCGCAUUCGUACGAGUAUUGGGUCGCGUUUGAUACUGGUGAGCCGAUUUAUAAUUUUUGUAAGUUUAUUUAAUGAUUGGAUUAACUAGAAUUAUUAAUCGUAAUAAUCCUCGUAUUUAGCGCAGGCGUAUUGUGGUAGUAUUAAAAAUAAGUAAAGUACGAUGGGUUUAGUAAUGCGAAAGGUGUAUUAAUUUAGGUGAUAUCUGGGCGAAGUAACGACGUAAAGGAUAGAUUUAGUGUUUUAUACAACUACCUGAUGAAUUUUGUCGUUGUCAAUUGCAUUAAAUAAAUAACAUAAAGAGAUGUUUGAUUAAUUGUUGAUAUGUAAAAUAUGUAAGGAGUGAAAUAAAAUUAAAAUAGUUCCUUGUGA